AUGCAACUUCUUUCCCUUCUUACAAGCUUUGAUCUUUCAAAGUUUGUUGACGGAAGCUUCCCCGCACCGCCUCGUACUCUCGCUGGCGGCCAAUCGAACCCUAACUACAUUGCUUGGCGCCGUCUUGAUCAACUAGUCUUUUCUUGGAUCGCCGGCUCUCUCUCCGACUCUGUCCUCUCUCGACUGGUCGGCUGUUCCACGGCGCUUGAAGCCUGGACGCGUCUCGCCUCCACCUACGGCUCCAGCAACCGACAAACGUUACGCGGCCUGCGCACCCAGCUCAACGAGCUUUCUCGUGGUACGGAGUCUUGUGCCCAUACCUUGCUCGUGCACAAGACCUCGCUGACCGCCUUGCUGCCCUGA